GCCUAACAAUAACGUAGUUGAUUGAAAUAUUUAGGCGAAGCACCUUGACAUAAUCUUCUAAUGGUGUCGGUGAGUUAUUAGAGAAACGUUUCUGGUCCUUGUCAAUGGAAGUGUGGUCUCUACAAACUUGGUAUGGAGUGGUAGCCAUUUGUCAGGAGAGACGAAACGAUACUAUUUAAAAUAAAUAUUACAAGGAAAACUACUUAGCACGUGUGGAAUAGAUAAAUGAUAUCGGUCUUCCUUCUGAAAACAUGGAGAUUAUUAUCUCUACAAAUGUAUGUCUGUAUUUUAAAAGAACAUCAAGUUAGUGUCAACUGUGUGAGAUCAUUGCAUAGGAAUGAUUUGACUUGAUAUGCCCAUACAUUGGUUGUGUGGCAGUAAUAUCAACAACAGUGUAGUAGAAUCCAGAACAUUGUGCGUGGUUGAUCAGAAUACUGAAUUUGAGGCUUCAGAUAAUACAGAAACAAUUGUAAGAAGGAACUGUACCAUGCCUAUCUACCAUGAAAAGCAGAAGCGGGAACUAUGUGCAUUGCACGCACUUAAUAAUGUUUUCCAAGAUGGCCAAGCCUACAACAAGCAAAUGUUGGAUGAAAUCUGUCAAAAUCUUGCACCAAGUUCAAUGCUUAAUCCACAUAAAAGUGUCUUAGGAUUGGGUAACUAUGAUGUUAAUGUUAUCAUGGCUGCUCUGCAACUUAGAAAUUGUGAAGCUGUUUGGUGGGACAAGAGAAAAAACUUGGACAUCCUCAACUUUGACAAUAUUAUUGGAUUCAUACUCAACAUGCCAUCUCCUCUUCAAUGGGGUCUGUUAAGUUUACCAAUUAAACGAAAACACUGGGUCGCGGUACGAGAGUUGGAUGGUGCCUUCUACAAUUUAGAUUCCAAGUUCAAAAGCCCUGACACCAUUGGUGACAGGGAAGCCCUCAAGUCAUUUUUCCGAGCUCAGACAAGAGUGAAAGAGUGUGAACUGUUAUUGGUUGUGAGCAAAGAAAUUGCUGAUGUCAGGGGCUGGAAGUUUGAAAAUGGGGUCUAUGGUGGUGCUUGCGCAUCCUGAAACAAACAUCCAUACAUGUGGUCUUCAGUCUUUGUCGAUGCACUUAU